AUGGAUGAUAAUCCAAGAGCUUGGUCCAACAGUUAUGAACUGCUAGUUCGACGCUUAGUGCAAGCUGGGGAAGAGCUUGAAGCGUCGUAUGAAAACUGCGAAUGUAAAAGUGAAGAAAAUUCUAUAAUCGGUGAUAAAAGGAAUAAUAUGCAGUUAGAAGAAUCCUCACCCUCACCUAAAACUUUCCAACGAGCUCCUCGGGACAUGAGCCCAUUGAUGACGACGAUCAGAAAUCCAACACACGCGUUAGAUUUGCGUUCUCUGAUUUACGUUGAGGCUGUCAACUCGAAUCUUAUUUGUUACAUUUGUCAGACUCCCUUCAUUGAUCCGGUAGUUAUAGAGUCAUGCGGGUCUUGUAUAAGUCAAGCCAUAAAAUCAAGACCAACUUGCCCAGUUGACCGUUCCAGACUUUCUGAUGUCAGUGAUCUUAAACCUGUUUCCGAGAUAAUAUUCAAUAUGGUUAACGAGUUAUUAGUUUAUUGCCCAAACAAAAAACUUGGCUGCAAUUAUCAAGGCCAACGUCAACUAUUGAGUUGUCAUUUUAAAGAAGGAUAUAUGUACACUAUUGUAGUAUUAUAUGUUGUAAUGAGGAAUGUCAAGAAGCAGUAUUUUAAAAAGGGGCAUUGUGACUCUUGUCCAAUGAAGCAUAUCGAGUCGAUAUUAUUCACAAUACAUGUUCCACGAAGAGAUUGA